AUGUUAUUUAUUUCAUCAUUCCUCGUCUUUCUUGUUGUAUUUUCGAUUACUUUCUGUUCUGAAAAUGAAUGGCAUAUUGGUGUAAUAUACGAUGAUGGAUUCGAUCAAGCAAAUUAUAAUCUAACUGACAUAUUCUUGGCAUUGAAACCAACUCUUGAACACUACGCUGAUAUUUCAACAAGAAAUUCCUCUUUACCUAAAACCCAAAAAUUCAAGUUUACAAUUGAAAAGUUUUUUAUUAAUCAAUUGUGCAGUUUCAUCAGUCAGGAUGUGAAUUUAGUUUUGAGUUUGACAGCAUGUUCAACAGCUGAAUAUUUGGAAAGUGAGACAUAUCGUUAUCAUCUACCGCAUGUCGCUAUACCAAGGCCUUCAUGCAAGGAGAAACAGACAACUAAGGCUACAGAGACAACAACCGUGUGGAUUCAAACUGAUCCUUUUCGGAUGGCCAAGGCGAUUCUGGAGAUCAGUGAAAUGGAACGAGCUUCACAUGCUCUUAUAUUAGCUGAUGGAUUGACUGGUACCUUAAUUUUAAUUCACAAGUGA